GACGCAGUCGGAUCCACGUCAAACCGCCAAGAAACCCUACCGUCCAAACAGCUCAUUUCGCGGCAUUUUUGCUUCUUCCGAUUCACCGGAGAAGAAAGCAGCAAAGCACAGACAUAGCGUUAGCAAGCAUCCAUCUCGCAUUAUCAUCGGCUUCUUCCUAGUGCCGUAAAGACUUCCCCAGUUUGCACGGGUCUGGAAACCCGGCUUGCCUGGCCAAACCCGCCCCCAAUUUGGGAGGGAAUCGCAUUUCAAAUACUGAUUUCGCCGGCACUUCUCCAGAGCCUAAUAACCCUUCCACACUCCGGUAGUGGCCGUAUCACUCUCAGCUAGUUAAAAAAAAAAGCACUAGCGGAAGUCUGCCUUUCGGGAAAUGGCGACUGCUGCUGCGUUUGGAGUGACGCCGCACAAGGUCUCGGUCUGCGUUCUGCUCCAGAUGUACGCGCCGCCGGCGCAGGCCGAGCCUCUUUUCUCGGUGUCUCAGCACAAUCACCUUGGCUUGUACUUGUUAGCUCUCACUAAGUCACAUGGCGAUUUUCUGGAGCCCAAACUGGCCGACCUUCUGACUCAAUUGAAGGAAAUUAGCGGUUCCUUGGGUGAUUGGCUGAUUGAACAUUUGACGAGUAGGCUCUCUUCUCUGUCUUCACCUGAUGAUUUGGCCGCUCUCUUCAGUGAAUUUCGAGGGAUACUUGGUGGAACCGAGUCUGCUGUUAUUGAAGACAACCAAGUUGUUUUGGACCCAAACAGCUACCUGGGGAUGUUUGUCCGUCGUUGCAUACUUGCUUUUAACCUCUUAUCGUUCGAGGGUGUCUGCCACCUUUUGACAAAUAUUGGAAAUUACUGUAAAGAAUCCCUCUCAAGUUGCCUCCCAUAUGAGCUGCAUGGUUUAGAUGAUUCUGUUAAUGAUUUGGAGUCAUCAUCAACGUACGAGAACAUGGACUUGGAAAAUAUUGUAUUUCAGAAAGUAACAGAAGAAAUGGAAGCAAACAAGCAGGCCAGUCAACGGAACUCUUUUCACCUGCAUACGCCCAAAGCACUCUCUGGACUGGUUCAAGAUAUAGAGAUCGUUGCUGGUUCAAUACCCAAUCGUGCUGGCAAAAGUGGAGAAACUUGUUCCAGCUUGGAUACCAGUGCAAGUGGAGCACGACACGCUGAUACUUCUGGGGAUAUGUUCCUGAGAACAACAAGCCAAUUACAAGGCUUCUUCAUGGAACAGGCAGAUGCAAUUGAGAAGUAACUUCAUGGAUGGUUGUUCAUUCCCAUUAAAUGGCUUUGAAGUUAUCUUAAACCGCAUUAAAAAGUUGGCACCUGAGCUACACCGUGUACACUUCUUACAUUACUUGACUUGCCUUUAUCAUGAUGAUUAUUUUGGUGCUUUGGAGAACCUCCGACGUUUUUUUGAUUACAGUGUAGGGAUCGGUGGAUUUGAUAUUACUCCUGUACCUUCACGAUCGAAAGGAUUUGAGAGAUAUGAGACAGGACUGUUGUGUUUGGGAAUGCUGCAAUUCCACUUUGGGCAUCCAAAGCAAGCUUUGGAGGUUCUGACUGAAGCAGUCCGUGUUUCUCAACAGCAAAGUAAUGAUAGUUGUCUUGCAUACACUUUGGCCACUAUCUGCACCUUAUCUUCAGAAAUGGGUAGCUCCAGCACGAGUGGGAUGCUUGGAACAUCAUAUUCACCUACUGCUACCAUUGGCACAUCAUUGUAUUUCAAGCAACAAUUAUUCGUUCUCUUGAGAGAGGCUCUUAAAAGAGCUGAAAGUUUGAAGUUGAAAAGGCUGGUCGCUUCUAAUCGUCUGGCAAUGGCCAAGUUUGACUUAAUGAAUGUUCAGAGACCACUGCUAUCAUUUGGUCCCAAAGCAUCCAUGAAGCUUCGAACGUGUCCAGUCACGGUUUGUAAGCAGGAACUGAGAUCAUGCUUGCAUUUGGUUAGUGAAUAUGGCUCUGAAAGCCCUACAAUGACAAUUGAAGGUGCUUUUAGCACAGCAUGGCUUAACAAUUUAAGAAGACCAAUGGGUGCAUCAGUGUUGUCCCUAGACAAUGGAGUUGGGGAGAGUUCUAAUGCCUUUCAAUUCUGUGCUCAACCAAGCUCAAUUCCCAGAUCUGUUUUGCAAUUAGUAGGUUCUUCAUACUUGGUUCGUGCUACUGCUUGGGAGAUAUAUGGAAGUGCUUCCCUUGCUCGGGUGAACUCAUUGGUCUUUGCAACUUGUUAUCUUGAUGCUUCAAGUUCGUCAGAUGCAGCAUUGGUGCAUGCAAAGCUGAUCCAGCACUUAGCAACGUUUCAAGGAUAUAAAGAUGCUUUCUCUGCUCUCAAAGUAGCUGAGCAGAAGUUCUUAUCCAUCUCAAGACCAGUAAUUUUGCUACUUAAACUGCAGCUGCUCCAUGAGCGUGCUUUGCAUAGAGGAAAUCUGAAGUUAGCAUUACAACUGUGUAAUGAGCUUGGAGUAUUAGCAUCGCCUUUCAAUGGUGUUGAUAAUCAGCUGAAAAUUGAAGCAAGCAUGCGCCAUGCCCGGACAUUGCUUGCAGCCAAACAGUACAGACAGGCAUCAGAAGUUGCUCAGUCUCUCUUCUGCUUGUGCUACCAAUUCAACAUGCAGGUUGAGAAUGCUAGUGUUCUUCUUCUGCUGGCUGAGAUUCACAAGAAAUCAGGAAAUGCUGUUUUAGGCCUUCCAUAUGCACUUGCAAGCCUCUCAUUUUGUCAGUCGUUUAACUUGGAUCUCCUAGAAGCAUCAGCCAAAGUGACUUUGGCAGAGCUGUGGCUGUCACUGGGAACAAACCAUGCAAAAAGGGCUCUAACUCUGCUACACGGAGCUUUUCCAAUGGUACUUGGUCAUGGUGGCCUGGAGCUCCGUGCUAGGGCUCGGCUUAUUGAAGCACAAUGCUAUUUAUGCGAGCCAAACUAUUCAGUGGUCGAGGACUCCGAGAUUGUGCUAGAUGCUCUGAAGCAGGCUUCAGAUGAAUUUGAAGUAUUGGAGUACCACGAAAUGGCAGCAGAAGCUUUCUACUUGAUGGCUAUGGUUUACAACAAACUGGGACAGCUGGAGGAAAGAGAAGAAGCUUCAGAUUCUUUCAAGAAACACAUACUGGCUCUUGAGAAUCCUCAGGAGGAAGAAGAAGAAGAUGAAGAUGAACCCGUAUCGGAAAUGCUUGUAGAGAAAAACUAACUGUAGAAGCUCUCGACAGUGUCGGGGUUUUGUAUCCUUCUAUGGUUGUAGCUGCUAUAGCUACCAACAUCUAUACCAUUCAUUGCAACAAUAUAUGCCAACAGUUCGCUCCGACUUGUAUAGCAUAAGCGCAUGAGACAUUGAGUGGCAGCUUUUGCAGUCGAUAGUAACUAUAGGUCUGUAUCGGCGCCUGUAAACACUAAAUUUUCAACUAUCAAUUUUUCUUUCUGGUAGCGAUUUUCACUAUCAAUCUAAUUACACAUGAUAUGAGAUCAACAACUGCUGAAAGCCUGAAACACAAGAGAGAAGAGAUGGUAACUACACAACACGAGGGGAAGAAGAAUAUGGCCCAAAAGGGUCUGCUACAACCCACCACUACUUACACUCUACACUCUCAGAAAAAAGUUCUCCAUCAAGCUAAUUCUUCUUCAAGAAAGCAUCAACCCUCGUGUUCACUCCCCUCGACAGAAACUUCAUGCAGAUCGGCGGCUUCACACCAACCAACGCCAGAAUCGAGCUCGGCAGCGUCCAUAUCCCAUCUCCACAGAUCAACCCCGACGCCACCGCCGGCCCGAACGCAUCCGCCUUCUCCUUGUCAACCUUCCCCCACACGUACAAGAUCAAGCUCCCCACACACAUGUCAAUGGCGAAGUAGCCGCCGAGGUAGAACGGUAUCGCCAUCGCCAUGGGAAGCGGUAUGAACUUCGACCACCUCGGCCCGACCAGGUCCCUCAGCCCGUUGAUGAGCAUGGCGGCGAAGAAGAAGAUGCAGCAGAGCAUCAGGCAGUUCUUCGGGAGAGCAGAGAAGCCUUCCACUCCCAGCACGGACAUGUUGCGGAAGACCAGAGCAUAUGGGGCCGGGUACUCGGACCCGGGCUGGCCCAAGUCGUCGAAGGCCUUGUAGAACAGCCAGAAGACGCAGGGGGCGAUGACGCAGCCCAUUGCGGUGCCGAUCACCUGGCUGAUGAACAUGGAGCGAGGCGAGGCGAGCGUCAUGUAACCAGUCUUGAAGUCCUGCAUCAGGUCGGAAGCCGUGGAGACGAUGUUCAUGAUGACGCCGCAGGCGGCCAGUCCGGCGAGGACUCCGCCGUGGGACGCCCCGACCCACGCGCCGAUUGUGAAGAUGGCGAGCUUGCCGUAGGUGGAAGCUAAAGACCAGUCGGUCAGCCCGGUGCCGUAUGCGUUGCAGAAGGCGAGGACUGGCGCGACGAUGUAGAUGACGACGAUGUGGUACCAGCUGAGCUGGUGGAAGAUGUGGGGGACUAGGAUGGCGGAGACUAUGGCGAUGGAGAUGUAGCCGCCGACGGCGAUCCAGAUUGGGAUUUGGUCCUUGAGGAAUAGCUCGGUGCGUCUCUGUUCGUCGUAGGUCAGUGGUGGAGGAAGGGUUGUCGUUGUGGAGGAUGUCGAGUUGCUGCCGCCGCCGGCGACGGGGAGAACGGUGGUGAUGGAUGGGUCUUUGCGAUAGAACUGGUUGUAUAACCCAUGUAUGGUUCGACUGAAGACUUUGAUGAAGUUGUAGAGACCAUCGCCGAGGAUCAUGGCAAUGGCGAUGAAUAUCUUGUAUCCUUGGAGGCCGGAGAGACUGCUCGGUGGAAGGUCAGCAGAGUACCAGUUGCCUUUCUGGUUAUUGAUUAGAGGCCACAUGAGACCCCAGGAUAUUAUUGCUCCGACUAGCAAAGAUAUGUUGACUAGAUAUGGACAGAUCAUUCCCACACCGACGUAAAUGGUAGAGAAAUCAAAGAAGAAUUUGUGUUCAUAGGCCUGGAGACCGAAAGUAGGGUAGUUCACAAAUCCACAGCCAUCCCCUGCCGUGAAGAACCAUUGGAAGAAGCCCCACAGGAAGCUAAAUGAUAAGAAUUUCCCCAAUGCCCUGACUUGCUUCUUGGCUAGCUUGGCACCCUGAGGAGUGUGGAAACUAUUGAUAAGGUGAGCAGUUGCAGUGCCACUUGGAUAGGUCAAUUUGAAGUCUACCACCAUAAUCUUUCUGAGAGGAACCACAGAGAAAAGGCCAAGAAAGCUGACUACAAAAAGGAAGCCAAUCAUCCAUCCCAGAGAUGGUUCUUUGAUAUUCUGAGCGCUGUUGGCUUCUUUGGAUUGCUUGGCAACUGUAUCACUCAUUCCAAAUAGGUAACUUCCAAAACCACCUGCAUCAGGCGAUUCCGGAAGUGGCGACGACGCAGGUCUGAAUGACGGUGUUCUCCUGGCGAGUGAACGGCUGCUUGAGCAUACCGGACUUCUGAAGCAGCUUGGUCCAGGUCUUGACGAAGAAGAAUCCGAGCAAUCCGGCGGAGACGUUGAGCGACGGGAUUAUACCGGUGGUUAGAUUGAGCUUCAUGACGAUGAAAGUGAACAGAACCCCUAGGAUGAAGCUAACGACGAACGCCCUGACCGUGAGCUGCUUCUGCCACGGCGGCACCUCCUUCGCCUCGAAGAUCUUCUCCACUGAUUCCAGCUCCAAUUCCAUAGAAGACGACAUCGUCUUGCCAACCUUCCUUCUGCUCGCCGUCGUCGUCUUCUCCUCCACUUCGUCGGCGUAGUAGCUAUCUUCUUCCCGGCCGCCGCUGAAGUUUCUCGCAGUCGCCAUUUUUUGGGAUCUACGGUGGGAGAGAAAUCGGAGCGCUCUGGUUUGCCUGUGUAUUUAUAUCGCAGUUCCGCGUGUCUUAAAUGUUGGUUACUUCAGGG